AAUAAACAAUUUUUUUUCUAAGUGACUUCUCCGCAGAGAGGUGAUCAUUUUUUUCAGUGACAUUUAUGUUGGACUUACCUUGCGUCCUCAUAGCUGUCGCAAUUGCGUUCUCGAGUGGUAAACAUUGAAAAUCCCCAACCUCGGUACCAGAUCACUAGUCAUGCUCUCCCACCUCAACCUAUUGUCUUGCCUCGCGCAAUGGAUGCUGGUUCCCACAUGCGAACUGGACACCCUAUUGUCGUCUCGUUGGUCAUUUUCUUCAGUAUCAUCGAGCUCUCAAUCUCGGCCUGGCUCACGUCGCGUUUUACUGCCCAACAUAACUACUUCAGUCUGGCUGAACGAGACCGCACUCGUUUUCUAUUGUUCACUUCAACAUGGACGAUUGUAUUGUGCAGUCUCCACAUGUUUAUCUUCAUGUAUCUUCCAGGUAGUGUCUUGGGUAGUAUGGCUGCUCAUAUCUUCUUUCUGUUUCUAACAUGGGCCUUCUGGACGGCGGGUGCUACAAGUAUAACUGCAGCUCUCAGCGGAGAGCUGAAUCGCAAUACCCAGAGCGUUUUCGCGUAUCCCGUUCAACUUAACGCGCUAGAAGGCUUUGCUUGGGUCAAUGAGGCUCUUGUAACUUUCGCAUUAAUUCUUGUGAUCAUCCGCGGCAUUCACGCAGCACGUCGAGGCGAUGGAAUGCGCGGGCCACUGAUUGCUUGACCGGGCCGUUGUCCCCCUCUCCAUAUUACUCCAUCUACGUCAUGCGUUGUCAUUAUGGCCAUGAUCUUGCAAUUAUAAUGACAACGCAUGACUGAUAUGUGUAGCUGAUAUCCAGCACCCCGAUUCAUCCCUCUCAUGAUCUAAUAACCUACCUGAUUCCCAGUUUAUCUUUCCCAAUCAAUGUCUUUGGUGUUUUAUAUGUACAACCAAUAUAAGUCAUAUUUUGAUAGCAAUA